UCCCUUAUAAAACCCAAGUGUGAAACCUGGGAAGGAUGCCCCCUCCCUCCCUCCCUCCCAACACACACCUCCUCCACUACACUUCCCCUACCGGUGAUGUCAGGGCGGGCAGGGGCUCCCUGUGAUAGAAAAAAAAAUCUAAAGGAGAAUGAAAGAGAGAGAGAGAGAGAGAGAGAGAGAGAGAGAGAGAGAGAGAGAGAGAGGAGUGAAUGGAGGAGGAUAUUACUACUACUGCAUGGACCGGUGCAGAGGAGCAGCAAGUCACUCUCUGAAGCGCACAAAGACGCACAACAAACACCAAGAGGAGCUGACGCGCAGACGCCGAACUAUCAUGUAACGGACUAAUAUUUUUGUCCUCUCUCAGAAAUUAUAGGACUAGAUAUUUUAGGGCUGGCACUUUGCAUUGCACUUCACUCUGGAGUGACUUUGUCUUUUUUUUGUGUUAUUACCCUGAUUCACCUUGCAGCCAUGUUUUGGAGCAGGACGCACUAAAUGAUGCCGCAAUGGUCAGGUAAAAAAGAAAUUAGAGGCUUUGUGCAAAGUCAGUAUGGAGUGAAAUGAUCUGAUUCAGCCUGAUUUAUUCAUGAAAAUAAAGCUGACUUUUUUUUUUUUUGAAGGAAACUGCAUCCACAUUUUCCUCAGUAAUAAAAUAAUUCUGUUUCUGAUCAUUUACAAGUUGGAAUCAGCCUGUUGACGCUUCAAAAUUGUCUCUUUAGCCCAAGAGCUUUUUUUUUCUCAGUGUAAACAGAAACAAAGUGACAGAGGCUACAGAUAUUUUGCAAACAGUAGAAGUUACAUGAAUGGGAAGGAGGCAAAGCGUCGCCUCUAAGGGUCCGCGCAAAGUGCAGUGUGGAGUCUAACUGCGCCAGCAAAGGAUUAACUUAGCCGAAGAUCCUGUUGUUUCUAUGAUUCUUCAGGAGUGUUACACGUCUGCUUUAUUCAAAAUCAACACUAAACAUAGCCCACAACAAGAACCUCAAGAUGCAAUGAGUCCACGUGAGAAAAUUUGAAUGUGACAUCCUAUUUAGUAGUUUAAUCUCUUAGGAAUGCACUGAUAGUUUACGUUUGAUUACUCUCCUUUUUUUUUAAACCAUAAAAGAUUCAUUUUAAAUUCCAAAAACCUAAACAGCCGUUGCUUUAUUGUUGGGUAAAUGGGCGCAAAUAAAUCCAAUAACCACAGUCCGGUGUGAGACCUCAUGCUGCUGACCUGGAAACCAGACUUUUAAUAUUUCUUUCCCCACUUUAUCUUCAACAAAACCACGCCAGAUACCUUUCCUAUCCUGAGAAAAUGUUGCUGAUCAGACUACUGGUUAUCUUCCUCGUCCUCAUCACUAACACGUGGCUGCUCAAUCCGGUUCGCUCCGAUGCACUCAGCCGGUACAAACGCGCCAUGGCCCGGCGGGCAGACCGUGAGCUCUCAAGCCUAGCAGGUGAACAGUGCACCGUCUCUGGCGUGUGGAGGUCCCGGCGGCAACGCCGCUCCCUCUCCCCGCACCAACAUCGCCCUCCAGCGGCCCGUCCGAGGACGCACACGAGCCGAGGAGAGUUGUACGCUAUUAGGAGCGCUCCUGUGGUUUGUGCAGGAGGGUGCAGGUUUGAUACCGGGCUGCGUCGGGUCGCGCCGGCGCGGCAGGAUAAGACGAGUCGUGGGGACGCGGAGGAUGCGACGGCGGGAGCGGGGAAAGAACACGUUACACUGCCCGGACGGCUUUAUGAGAAACCAUCAAAUGACGGGAGAGAGCCAAAUUAUGUCAGGUCAGACGCCACACAACAGCCCGGGGCUUCUUUGCUUAAAGACGUCGGGCAGACAGACUCGUCGCCGGGCCACGCGCAGUCCCCACGCGGCUCGCGCUCCAGGUUCAUCCGCAGCCUCGACGGGACGUUUACGCACGAGGGCAACUCCACUUGGGAGAAAGUUUCCCCCGACAGCUCGGCAGAUUCCAGAGGACUGCAGGUCCUGUCCAGGCUGCAGCAGGGAGAUGGAGGCAAGCCGCCCUCCACCGGGACUCUAGUGGACGGUACCGAUGAGGACUACUCCGGGGAGGUGGAGGAGGCGGAUCCGCCGUCGAGCCUGCCCGUCGGCAGCUCCUCUCCAUGGGGGAGCCCCGUGCCACGGGUGCCCCCGUCCUGGAUGACCGCCCUGUACUUCAGCGGGCGUCGGGAGCAGCUGAAGCUGAAGUCCGCUGCAGGGUUGGAGCUACCGAGAGCAAAGUUCAGCCUUGAGCUGUGGGUGAAGCCUGAGGGAGGGCAGAGCAACCCCGCAGUCAUAGCAGGUGUAUUUGACAACUGUUCCCAUUCACUGAGUGAGAAAGGCUGGUCAGUAGGCAUCUGCACUGUGGAACCUGGCAGCACCAAAGAUGCACGGUUCUAUUUCACACUUCGCACAGAUCGAGCCGUAAAAGCCACAACUGUCUACAGUCACCAGCGGUACCGAGCCAAUGCCUGGACUCACCUAAUGGCCACUUACAACGGCCUCCACAUGACUCUGUAUGUUGAUGGAGCUAAGGUGGGAGAGAGUAGUCUUCAGUCUGGGAAUCUCUACAGUCCCUUCAUGAAGGCGUGCAGAACCCUCUUCCUGGGCAGUAACCAAUCAGAUCAGGGACAGAGCUUCCGGGGCCAUAUCGGUGGUGUGGUCUUGUGGGGAUAUGACCGUUCUCAUGAGGACCUGCUGAAGCGGCCACUUCAAAUUGACAAGAGCGAGCCGCUAUUGGCAAUGUGGGCUGACUUCACAAAAGUGGAACAGCUAUGGACUCCAAACAAAGUUGGUCUCCAUCCAACAAUCAUCACCACUCCUGUCCCUGAACAAGAGGUUGUCUCUUCGUUCCUGCCACCACAAUGCGGCGUGACACCUUGCGACAACACCGACAUCAUCUUAGGCUACAACAACAACUGGCAGCUCCGUGCUCCCAAGCGAGUUCGCUACCGAAUCGUUAACCUUGCUGAUGACGAUGGUGGAAACCCCACUGUGUCUGAAGCCCAGAUCCAGCUCCAGCAUCAGGCUCUAACUGAGGCCUUUCGCCCUUACAAUAUCACUCUGGAACUGAGCUUGCACACUGUAAAAAACUCCAGCCUCCGACAGCAGUUCAUCCUGAGCAACUGUCGAAUUGGGAAGAUUGGGAACCGCCAAUGUGACCCUGAGUGCGACCACCCAAGGACAGGCCAUGAUGGAGGAGACUGCCUUAGACUGGGGCCCUGCUACAACUGGAAGAGACAGGAUGGAGUUUGCAACAUAGAGUGCAACAGUAUUCACUAUGACUACGAUGAUGGAGAUUGCUGUGACCCGGAGGUCACUGACGUCCUCAAGACUUGCUUCGAUCCUGAGUCUCCCGACAGGGCCUAUAUGAGCGUGAAAGAGCUGAAGGAGGUGCUACACCUGAGCGGCACUGACACACUCAAUGUUUUCUUUGCCAGCAACUCUGUGCGUGAAGAGCUGGCAGGAUCUGCAACUUGGCCUUGGGCAAAGGAGGCUCUUACCCACCAAGGUGGGAUGGUACUGAACCCUUCCUACUUCGGUACCAUAGGCCACCAAAACACCAUGAUUCAUGAGAUGGGCCACAUCUUGGGACUGUACCAUGUAUUCAAGGGGGUGAGUGAGCGGGACUCCUGUGAUGACCCAUGUCAGGAGACCACCCCAUCCAUGGAAACAGGAGAUCUGUGUGCUGACACUGCACCAACACCAAAAUCCAAAGCCUGCCAUGAUCCUGGAGCCGUCAAUGAUACCUGUGGAGUCACCACAUACCAGGACACACCUUACAGCAACUACAUGAGUUACACAGAUGACAACUGCACCAACCAUUUCACUCCCAACCAAGUGGCUCGGAUGCACUGUUACCUUGACUUGGUCUACCAGAAGUGGCUGACAGACCGUAAACCUGCCCCCAUCCCUAUGGCUCCCAUUUUGACAGACCAAAGUCCGGAUUCUGUCUCUAUCUACUGGCUGCCACCUACAUGGGGACCGCUUUAUCAGAGCUCCUCCCUACAUGAGUCCGCUAUCAAUUGUGGAGACUGUGAGAAAGACGGUGUUUUCCACCAGUACGCCCAUGAGGCUACCUCACCUCGCAUCUGUGACACGUCAGGCUACUGGACACCUGAGGAGGCGAUCGGCCCACCUGACGUGGAGCAGCCCUGUGAUCCCAGUCUCCAGGCCUGGAGUCCUGAGCUUAGCCUUUAUGACACUAACGUGACCUCACCAUGUCCUGACACAGAGGGCUGCACCCUCACGCUAAGGUUCCUCCACCCUGUUGUGCCACACACACUUACUCUUUGGGUCACCUACAUCUCUUCAAAAAACCCAGCCAUAGCCAACGUAGAGCUGAUAACGGACAUGGGGAAAAGCGUUAACCUUGGACCACAGCACGUCUUCUGUGACAUCCCUCUAACUUUGCGCCUCGACACCCACAACGCAGCCAUCGCCGCCAUAAAACUCUGCACCUUUGAUGAGAAAAUGGAGAUCGAUGCUGCCAUGUUAUCCUCAGGCCCUGGCAGCCCUCUGUGCUCCAGCUGCCAGCCUCUGCUGUACAGGAUUCAGCGGCAGCCAGCUUUUGUCAAACCCCCUUCACCUCAGACCCAGCAAACAUUCACUGACAGCACUGUAAAGCAGGGAGUCAAGUACCAGUACAUGAUCCAGGUGGAGGCAGACGGUAUCCUCAGCGAUCUCUCCCCACCUCUCAUCUACACCCAUGGGCAGCCUUACUGUGGAGAUGGCCUCAUACAGGGGUCAGAAGAGUGUGACGACAGUAAUCUGUUGGAUGGUGAUGGCUGCUCUAAGAAAUGCCUCAAAGAGGUGGGCUUCAACUGUAAUGGUGAACCAAGUCAGUGUUAUGUCUUUGAGGGUGACGGUGUAUGUGAGGAGUUUGAGCGGGGCUCCAGUGUUCAGGACUGUGGUUACUUCACACCUCUGGGCUACACAGACCAGUGGGCUUCCACUGCCACUGCUUCCCACCAGGACCCCAACCACUGCCCUGCCCAUGCUGCCACUGGGGAGCCAUCACUUACCAAGCUCUGCAGGUACCAACACCUGGAGGCGAGUGAGAAACUGCCCAGCGACGCCUGGUUCCCUUGCACAGCUCAGUCCGACACACAUAAUGACCUCGAACAAUCAUUCUGGCUGAAGGUGGGAUUUGUCCACCCUGGAGUGGCAGCCUCCGUGAUGGUGUAUCUGGCUUCAGAUGGGUCGUGGUCUGGGGAGCAGUGUCGGAGGACAGCCACCAUCCUCCUGUCUGAUACUACUGGCAAAAACCACUCGCUAGGCACACAUGACCUCUCAUGCCAUCGGAACCCGUUGGUGGUGAAUGUGACCCAUGACCUCUCUCAACCCUUCUUCAUCACGGCCUCUGUCAUUCUCCUCUUCUCCUCCCCCUUUGUGGCAGUGGGAGGCGUGGCCCUGAGAACCUCCUGCCACUUCAGCACCUUCGCCCUGACCGGCUGUUUGCGACAGCCGUGUCAGAUGGACAGCUGCAGUCCUCCCCGGUUAGAGCACGCCUCUGUCAGGUGUACAGGAGGAAGGGAGGCUUCCCAAUGCUCCGUCCAGUGCCACCGUGGUUUCAGUAUCACUGUUGUCAACGGCAAGGGAAUCCCACCACACCAGAGAGAAACAGAUCUGGAGUGCUUUCAUGGUUCAUGGGAUCGGGUAGUUAGCUGUCAGCCUGUAGACUGCGGCCUGCCUGAUCAGUCUUACAUCUACCAUGCCAUAUUCAGUUGCCCCUGGGGAACCACCUUUGGCAAACAGUGCUCCUUUACCUGUGGAUCACCAGCUAUACUACAAGGAGACAGUGACAGGCUGGUGUGUUUAGAGGAUGGUUUGUGGUCUUUCCCAGAGGCCUACUGCAAGAUCGAGUGUCCAGAGGUUCCAAACAUACCCAAUGCCAAGCUGCUAACAGCAGACUGUCUGGCCUCAGGGCACGACGUUGGCUCUGUCUGCCGUUACAAAUGUAACCCAGGCUUCUAUGUAACAGGGAGCCUCAAAAAGAAGACACCGAGGAAGUACUUUAAGUUGGAGUGCCUGGAGGGAGGCCAGUGGGGGGAAACUAACUGCGAGCCGAUGUCCUGCCCAGCGCUCCCUGACGUAUUCCAGGGCAUGUAUACCUGCACCAAUGGCCUGUACUAUGACACCCUGUGCACCCUGCAGUGCCCAGACGCAAAGGAAAAUCACGAGAUUCGCUGCACAAAAGAUGGUGAAUGGACAGGAGAGUUCACCAUGUGCUCCAAGCUUAAGGGAUCAUGCUCUCUUCCUCCAAAUCUCAACUCUGUCGAGUACAGCUGUGACCAGGGGAGGGAUGUUGGUUCUGUUUGCUACCCAACAUGCGUUGUGGCUCUGGACAUGGAUCUGCGUGACCCUGUGGUUUUGCCCAAUGGCACUACACCUGACUCUUUAAAGCACUGGAUGCUACCCACUAACGCCCAGCGCAUUGUCUGCACAGGGAUGAUGAAAUGGUACCCUGACCCUCAACACAUCCAUUGCAUCCAAUCAUGUGAGCCCUUCGGAGGGGAUGGCUGGUGUGACACCAUCAACAAUCGGGCCUACUGCCAGUAUGACGGAGGAGACUGCUGCCCAUCCACACUCUCCACCAGAAAGGUCAUUCAGUUUGGGGCGGACUGCGACCAGGAUGAGUGCACUUGCCGUGAUCCAGGCGCUGAGGAGAAUAAGAGCAAAGCCAAGCACUUGCAAGGAGGAGGAGGUGGAGCUGGAGGAGGAAUGCAGUAAGAUGGAGGGAUGAAAGAGGCUGAACUUGUGUUUAACAGAGUCAAACCACAGUCUACACACCACAACAAACAAAUAAAAAUAUAUUCAAUUUUUAACAUUUGUAAUGCAGAGAAUGUGAUUGAAGUCAGACUUCAUACAAGAAAAGGCCAUUUUUAUUGUAUCAUAAGUGAUCUUAUUGUCAAAAAGCAUCACGAGUCUGUUGUUGUUGGUCUAAAAAUUUGAUUCUUUGAUUCCAUUCUGCAGAAAUCCAGCCAAACAUCCACACAUGAAUGGUCUGUAUUGUUUUCUGUUAAGUUGCUACGGGUUAUGAACAGAAAAUUAUAACUGAACUGAAAAAAAACAAACAAAAAAACACCACGGUUAUAGUUCAAAUAGGGUUAAAAAGCAGAUAAUCCACUCCUGUACAAAUCAAGACAUCAUAAUUGGAUCAAAUCACAAAUGUAAAUGGAUUCAAGUACUUUUCUGGACUUGAUUUGUUUUGGGAAAAAGAAACCAAAUGAACCGGCCUUGCCUGGAAACUGUUCAACACACGCACAGACGUUACAGUAAGGGCUACUGCUACAACUGUGUUUACUGUAGCACCCAGUUAGAAGAAAAACAUUAGCAUUCCACAGCAUUAUUUCAAAGGACAAUAUUCUCUCUCUACUCUCACUCGUGUUGAAUGGCAGUUCAGUUUCAUAACUCAUCUGAUGGCUAUAUGGUCAAAACAAAUCAAAGUCUGUUCCACUACACAGACCUCAUGGCUGACCAAAACAAGUCAUCGCAAAAUACUAAAAUUAGUCACAGUCUUCGUUGCUGUAACUUCUACAAGCGCUUCUCUCUGACAUGUAGCUCAUUAGGAAAGCAAGAAGAUAUAUAUCUGUAAAGACUAACAGGUAUAGACUAAUAUAUUUGGAUCACUUAACAUAUCUACUAGAUCAUGUAUUAGUCACACUCUAUUUAUAUCACAGAUCCAAUAAUACAAAUAUAUAACUGUACCAUACAGCAUGUGCACAUGGCUUGCCAAAAAAUACAAAAAAAAAAUAAAUAAAUAAGUAAAAUCUAAGUGUGUUCAGUUGUAUUGACACAAAAAGUACAAUAUUUACUAAAAAUAACUACAUCCAACUAAAU